AUGUAAUUUUUUUCAAAAUUAACAUAAUAUUUUAUCACUAUUGGAUCAAACACUGAAAGAAGAGUGAUGUAUAUUGAUUAUGGCAAUAUGACGAUGAUUAUUUAUUACUUUAUUUAACUUAUUGGAUAUAUAUACAGCCAAUUUGAAAGCAAAUCGAUUAAAUAUUAUGAAAAUGACUAUUUAGCCUAAAUUAGUUAGUUAUCAUCAAUUCCUUUUAUGCUAAUUAUCAUACAUUAUGAUCCAUUAACUAUUUUUGCCUAUUACAGUGUAUUUAUUACCAUAAGUGCUAUUUUUCUAAUUUCCUUACUAUAAAUAUUGUUGAAGGUAUCAUAACUAAUAAUCAAUAGCCACUACCUUUCAAUUCCCCAAUUAAUAAAUUCAUCAAAUUUUACUUUCAGAAUUUUUAAUGGUUUUUUUUGACUCCAUUUAAUGAAUGCAUGGUUGGAGUAAUCACUUGUGGAAGAUAAUCAUAUUUAGCUCAACAUUCAAUAAUUAAGCCCUCUGAAUGCUUUUCUACUAUAUCUCCCCAUUAUUUGAUAAUUAGUUUUACUGGAAUGAUAAUGAUUUCAUUUUCAGGAAUUCUUUCUGUAUAUUGUUUUAGAAACUAUGAAUUUUUAUAAAGAGGAUUGUUAAGAAAAUUCUCAAGCUUAAAUUUUGUAACAAUCUUUUUGCAUUAGCUACUAAUAAUUUUAUCAUUUUGGAAAUUGAUGUACUCCGAUUAUUAUAUUAUUAUUCAUGCUUGCUAUAAUUUGAUUAUGUUGUGUAUUUUAAUUGAUGUAGUGACUAAUAUUCCUUUUGGAUUCACAAAUGAAACAGUAUUCUACUCAAAAAUAUUAUUCAGUUCUUUAUUUUUUGGAAUUUUGAUAACUAUAUGGAUUUUUACGAACAAGGAUGAUGGCAUAAUAUUCUUAACAUACUCCAUUUUUUUACCAGUAAAUUAUAAUAAUUUUAUAGAUAAUUUUUGCAGCUAAUUCUGCUGUUUUUAGUAAUUAUUUUGAAUAAUAGAGUUUGAAAUUUUGUGAAUUUAUCAAUUAUCCUUUAAGUGAAUAGCCCUUAGAAUAUUUACUCUUGCUCUCUCAUCCUUUAACUAUGACACAAACUAGUAUUUGCUAAGCUUUAAAGUAUUUAAAUAUUCAUUGUAAUAAUUGUGAAGAUUUAAAAUGUCCAUGCAAUUAAGACUUAUCUAAAUUUGUUUUAUCGAAUGGACCUUUUGAUAAUGAGAAACUUUAUAUAUGGAUACAAUAUUAAUUUUAAAAAUUAAUAAAAAUAUCAAUGAGAAAGUAGUAUUCAAUGGAAAAUUUUGAAUAAUUAACAAUAAAGUUUUCUACAUUUUUGUAAAAAUAUCGUGAAAAUUCAUAUUUAUCUUAUAAAAGCAUUUAGGAUAUUGUUAUAAAUUUUAAUAGAACUUAAAAGAAUAAUAAAUAAUAUCCUUAAUUUUUUAUGAGUUUAACUAAGAAAAUUCAAUCUGAUACCAAAAAAGAAUUAGAAUAAUUAAAUCGUUCUAAAUUUAUGGUUACAAAAAUGGAAUUUAAAACAUUAACAGAUUUAAAUUUAUUCUUUUUUUAUGAAAAUGAUUUGAUGAUAAAUAUUAAAUAAUAAGUAUAUUAUUGUAAAGAAUUUUGGAUACUCUAUCAAAAUGGUACUCUUAAAGAUUUUAAUGCUUUACUUUUAUAAUCUAAGAAAAUAUUAAAUUAAAUAGAGAAAGUUUAAUAAAUUUAUAGAAUUUUCUAAUAAAAAAGAGAAGAUUCAGAAUAUGAAAAUAUUUUAACUUUUAGAAUUAAUUUAUUAAUAUCUAUAAGUUGUUUAGAUGAUUUAAAUACUUAAUUAAAAAUAGCUGAUAAAUUAUAAGCUAUUUAAAAAGAAUCAUUAUUUACAUCAAAAUAAUAAUUUCACAUUUUAAAAUAUAUUAAUAGUGAAGCUAUUUCUGUAGCAUCUUUGAUAUCUUUUUAAUCAUUUGGUAUGAUUGAUUUAAAAAUAUCAAAUAAUUUUAUAUCAUUUUUUGGAUAUGAUCAUAAUGAUUAAAUAACAUAAAUUGAUUAAUUAUUACCAAUAUAAAUAGGAUAAAUUCAUGAUGGAUUGGUUGAAAAAUUUUUAAUGGUAGGAUAAAGUUCUAAAAUAUAUAAUACUCAAGAAUCUUUUAUAAAAAAUAAAGAUAAUUUUAUUGAAAAUAUUACAAUGUGUUUAACUAUCUCAUUACCAUUAUAAGCUGAUAUUCAUUAUUUUUUCAUUCUAUCACAUUUAUUAAAAUAACAUACUUAUGAAAAAAAAAAUCAAGAUAUUUAUGAAAAAGGGUAUUUAUUAGUUGAUGUUAACUUUUAUGUUUUUGGAAUCAGUGAAAAUAUUUUUAAAAAGAUUACUUAAUUUUCAUAAAAUGAUAUAAUCAAUUUAGAUUAAAUUUAAUAAAAAUUGACAUUAUUUUAAUUGAUUCCUGAUCUUUUUUCAAAAAUGCAAGAAUACUAUAAAAUAAAAUAGCUUUAAAAUUCAAAUCUAGCAAAUUAUGAAGUAUUAUUUUAUAAACAUGGUGGAUCAUUUCAUAUUCCAAAUAAAUAAUUUAUAGAUAAUUAUGAAUAAAAAACAAAAAAUAAGAAUAUUAAUAAUAUAUUAACUAAUAAAAUAAUUAAUAAUAAUCUAAUUGAAAUUGAAAAAUCAUUUAAUUUCUCAAAUAUCAGUUAAUGUUAAUUUUCUAUAGAAUAUUCUGUUGUUUAGAAUUUAUUAAAUCCUCUAAUAAAUGGAAUUAUGUCAGAUUUUUUAUAUUACAAAAUAGAAAUUGAAUUUUAAGAUGAUUCAAAUAAUAGUAAAUCAAUUUUUCAAAUUUUGCCAUCUUAUUAAGAUAUCAAAAAAGAAUAAAUUAAUUCUAAAAAUAAGUCUCCAAAUUAAAGUUAAGUUAUGUUACAAUCAUAUGAAUCAGAAGAUUCAAAUAAUUAAAUUCAUUAAAAAUCUUAAAAGGCUUCUGAAUUAAAAUCUGAAAACUCUCUAUACAAUUAAGUAACAAUGAUGAAUGAAAUAUUAAGUUGUAAUAAAAUGCCAAAGCCAAUACUCAAUUUAAUACUCCUUUUUGUUCUUUAAUUAUUCAUAUUUAUUGUAAUGAUAAUUUUUUUAGCUAUUCUUUUUAACUAAAAGUCAAAAAUACAAUCAAAUUGUGUAAAAAUUAAUUCCAUAGAUUUAGACUUUUUAGAUGGUUAUUCUUAAAUGAUGUCAGGGUCUAGACAUGUAAUUUAUUUUCGUGAUUUUUAUUAAAAUCUUUCUGAUUAAAAGUUGAUGAUUGAUAAGAAUAAUAUAGAAUUUAGUCUUAAUAAUAAAUUAUUAAUAUCUUGGAAUCAUAUUAAUCUUGGGAUUACAAGAUUAAUUAACAUAUAUAAAAUACACAGUCAAACCUUAAAUUAAGGUUCUGAAGAUGAUUUAAACAUUUCAAUUAUUAAUAGUGAUUUAAAAAGUAAAAUAGUAUAAUAAGUUAAAGAUUAAUCUACUUAUUAUUAAGUAAUGUUUUAAAUCUUUUUUAUGUCAAAAUAAACAUUCACUUAAAAUUUAUCAAACUUUUUAUAAAAUUCUACUGAUCCUUACACUACUUAAAUUAGUAGAUCUUUAGUUUAUUAUAAUUAUUUUGAUGUAAGUUAAUUAGUUUAGGCAAAGUUAGAAUCUUGCAAAAGUUAUAAUUAUUAUAUUAAUGAAUAUAUUGAUAGGAUAACAUCAUAUUUCUUUAUAGCUUUGUAUUUAAUAAUUUCAAUAAUUGCAAUUAUUUAAUUUAUUUUUUAUUUUUAAAUAAAAAGAUAAAUUAGUUUUUAUUUAAAAUUGUUUAUUUAAAUAGAUGGUUAAGAUUCAAAUAAAUGUAUAUAAAAAUUUGAUAAUAUUCAUAAAAUCUUAAAUAAUUAAUCAAUAGUUUUAAGUAAAAAAAAUUAUGAGAAAAUUAUAGCUCAACCAUCUGUUUAAUAUGAUAAUCUUAGAACUUUAAAUUUUAAUAAUUAAGUAAAUUUUAUUCAACCUUAAAAAUCUAAAGAAAAGUAAAUCAGAAUUGAUAAUCAUAUUUCUUAUUUUUAUCAUAUAUUUGCUCUAGUUUUAAUAUCCUUAAUACCUAUUGUAUAUGCAUUAGCUUACUAAUUAUAUUAUAACUUGAUUUCAGUUAAUGUUACUCCAAUUAAUGAUUAAGCAAUUUAAGCAUAAUAAAUGAGAUUAAAAUUUAUAACAACUAUCAAUAGAUAUGAUUAAUUUUUAAUCAAAUCUUAUUUUGAAUCUUACUGUAAAUUAUCAUAAUUAAACUCUUCAUUUAAAUGUUCUGCCAAUAAUAUCUAUUCAGACAAUCAAAUUUUAUAAUAAAUAGAUAUGAAUGAAACAAUAAUUUAAGAAGAAUUAACUACUUUUUAAUAAUUAGAUUUUUCUAAUUUUUUCUUUAAUUCAAUAAAUUCAAAUUAAUUUAAUUCAGAAGAAAAAUAAUCUAUUUUGUCUAAAGAUACAUGUUUAUUAACAAAUUGUGAUAUGAAGAAAGAUUUAUUUUAAGAAAGGUUGUUUUAAGAAAAUCUAAACUCUUAUUUCUUUUAAGGAAUAAUUAAACUUCAUUAAAUUGUUUCCUCACUAUAUGUUUAAUUUGAUUUAAUAUAUAAAGGUCUUAAUACAACUGAAGCAAAACUACUUGCAAUUGAAAAUAUUAUGCAAGAUAAUGAUUAUUUAAUAUAUAUCCUCUGGGGAUUGGAUGCCAUUUAAUAUCAAAUUGCAUAAUUUUCUCAAUAUUUUGUUAAUACUUCAUUGACAAUAUUGGAGGACUUUACUUCAAACCUUUUGGUCAAUGUUUUAUAGAGCGGCAUUGGGAUGUUAUUGAUGAUAGUGACAAUUUAAAUUCUUUUCAUUCAAGUCUAAGUGAAGAGAUAGAUAAUUGCAAAAUAAUUAUUCAAAAUUGUUCCUUUGUAAAUCAUUUUUUAGAAAAACAUUCAAAGAUAGUUAACCAUUUUUUAAAGAAAAAUAUAUAAAUGA